AUGUUAAUAUGCAAUAGCCUUUUCAUCCGAAAGAUUCUUCAAAAGGGUAUUGCUAGCCCUGUGGAAAAGGAGAAGAAUCGUAAGGUCAAAAUAGAUGAUUCCAUUGGCUGGCAAGACUCACCAGAUCGUGCUAUUCUUUCACUUGCCGGGCUUGGGACCCAACAUUCUCAAAUACUCGAACCACCUAACUCUUCAACGCAGCCCCCAAUUAAGCCACGGGAAGUGACUCUUACCGACGGCACAGCCGCUGCUCUCCCCCCCAGCCAAGGAGACGACUCCUCGGACCCCUCCUAG